AAAAAAUAAAAUAAUGAGAAAAAUGUAAAGUUGUAAAUGAAAACAUACUUUUUGUGCUUUCCUCAAUUUUAUUUUACAUUAUUAGAGUAGAGACCCCAUUAAAAGCCCCGUUUGUGUGCCUUGUACGAAAUACAAUGUAAUAAAUUCUAUAAUCAAGUACACCCUCCUGGAUUCCCAAAAUUUUACAAAAUCAAGCACUUUCCUCAAUUUUCAAGGGUCCUACUAAUAAUUUAGUUAAAAAUAAAGAUGUCGAUGGUAGAAGAAGACGUCGAGUUGCGAGAUUUGUUGGCACAAACGUUGGAGAAGAACGGAUGCUUGGCUAAACUUAGAGCUGAGCUUAGGGCUAACGUAUUUCUUGCCCUUGAUGAAGACGAAAAGCUGAGCAAACAGCAACCUUUUCAAAAUCACAAAGUCCGGUCUUACUUACAAACUGCUGAAGGACGUACUAUAUUCUGUCUGGUACACGAAUUUUUAGAAUUUUUCAACCUCCAAUAUACCUUAUCAGUGUUUGAACCUGAAUCAUAUUUAGACAGUGUAGGCCAAUAUGAAGGCAGAAAAAAACUUGCUGAUAAUUUGGGGUUGAACAGUGAGAAUGAACAAGUUCCUCUAUUGCAACAGUUAUUCAAAAUUGCUCAAACGAAAUUAGACAUUAAUUUAAAUGUUGAUAAUGAAAGCUUAAGGAAUGAAUCUGCUAUAGAUAGCAGCUAUAAAAAGACUGAUGAAACUGUUUAUAGUAGCUCAAAUGAAUCACAAGAGAAAAGCAAACAAUUCAAUGCAACUUUUGACGUUAAUAGUCCUAAACUUGCUUUUAAUAACCCAACAACUGAAAAUUAUUUAAAAAUUAUUGAAGAAGAAGCUCCUACAGUUAAAAAUGUGCCUGUACCACAACUAUUAAAUAUAAUAGAAGAUGAUACAUACGAGGAUACAAGUUCUAUAGCUGAAGAUAGUGAAGUUCAAGAUGUGCCUUUCAAAAAUCCCUCCAUCAAUAAGCCGAAAAAAUCUAAUAAUUUAAGUUCACUCUCAGAUCUGCCUCCACUUAAUUUAAACAAAUCAAAACUAAACGAUUUGAAAAAUAAUAUGUCUAACUUGAAAGAACUGGAUCAGAUGUUUGAUAUGGAGACAGAAUAUGAGGAAGAUUUCAUAUCUGAAGAGCAGAACAAUAAAGCAGAUUUGGAUAUGUUAAAUUUGAUAAAUAAUAUAAAUGAUGUUAAUAAUUCAAAUGUAUUGAAUGGCUCAAAAAAAUCAGAAAAAUGUAUGGAUGAUAAAAGUGUUAAUUGUACACAGUAAGGCUGGAUUUAUAGUGUCAGUAUCAGUAACAGUAACUUAAAACAAGAACAGAUAUGAAAAUAACCAUUUCUUAAGUUUUACUGAUAAGUUUGUUAAGUGAACUAUAAAUGGCUUUAUGGUCGGUCGUGUUUUAAUUUUUUACUGUUACUGUUACUGCUACUGUUACUGAUACUGACACUAUAAAUCCAGCUUUAGAUUUAUCUACUAUUUCUAACUGUUACACAAAAGUGCCUUUCAACAAUAUCUGCAUUGUUGCUCUGUUAGGAUAAAAUCAGUUACUUAAUGUAAAGUUGUUCACAUUAAAAGUUUGUUGUAUGUUUUGUAAUGCCCCAAUGGCCUAUUUCAAUAAUACCCACUUAUUAUUCAUAACAAAAAUUGUGCCAUAAUUCUUUAAUUUAUUAACAUUCCUCCCAAUAUUUUGGUACUUAUACAUUGUAAGGUAGCUAGUGCUAACGAGUACAUUUUUUCUGGUAUCUCAGUAGGCCCUUUAUUUCGCCAAGAAUUAUUGUAUUUUUGUUUAUCGUCCUCGUCCAUUAGGUUAUUUAUUUUUUUGGUGUGCCUUAAAAAGUUUGUGAUUUUUUUGUAUUAAUUAUUUUUUAUUAAAUAUCCUAAAGAUUG